AUGUUGACCGAGCAACGAAGCCAAUUGCAACAGCAGCUUCUUCAGCAGAAUCUUCCAACUAGAACUGCAAUGAAACCAACAAUGUAUGAACCAGGGAUGUGUGCUCGGAGACUAACCCAGUACAUGUACCAUCAGCAGCAUCGACCACACGACAACAACAUUGAGUUUUGGAGAAAAUUUAUAGCCGAGUUCUUUGCUCCUGAUGCGAAGAAGCGUUGGUGUGUCUCUCUUUAUGGAACUGGUCGUCAAACUACUGGUGUUUUUCCACAGGAUGCGUGGCAUUGUGAAAUUUGUAACCAUAAGCCAGGACGCGGAUUUGAAACUACUGUCGAGGUUUUACCAAGGCUCUUCCAGAUAAAGUAUGCUAGUGGCACCUUAGAGGAACUUUUGUAUGUUGAUAUGCCACGUGAGUAUCAGAAUGCUUCAGGUCAAAUUGUAUUGGAUUAUGCCAAGGCAACUCAGGAGAGUGUCUUUGAACAACUACGAGUAGUGCGUGAUGGACAACUACGAAUUGUUUUUAAUCCUGACCUAAAGAUAUCUUCAUGGGAGUUCUGUGCUAGGCGCCAUGAAGAGCUCAUUCCUCGAAGGGUUAUCAUUCCUCAGGUUAGUCAACUUGGUAGCAUGGUACAAAGGUAUCAGGCUGCAACUCAAAGUGCAUCAUCAAGCCUAUCUACACAGGAUGCACAAAACACUUGCAAUUCGUUUGUGACAUCUGCUCGACAAUUUGCCAAGGCUCUGGAAGUUCCAUUGGUAAAUGAUUUAGGAUAUACAAAAAGAUAUGUUCGAUGCCUUCAGAUAUCUGAAGUGGUCAACAGCAUGAAGGAUUUGAUUGAUUUUAGCAAAGAAACUGGAGCUGGACCUAUGGAGAGCUUGAUUAGCUUCCCCCGUCGGACUUCAUCAGGGCUAGAAACUCAGCAGCCCCAACAAUCCGAGCAAAUGCAGAUCAUCACUCCGAACUCAAACCCUAAUGAUAUGAACUCUAUUCAUACCACAAGCAUGCCAGUUUCUGCUGUCAAUAAUGAUGCUGUCGGUAUGAAUAACUCCUUUAAUGCUUCAUCUACGUCAGUAUCGUCUGCUACAGUUAUCACCCUCCAAAAUUCUAUGAACACCGGCCUAGAAAACCAAAUGGAUACUCUGGGCAGCACUCAUGCAGGAACUAAUAUUCCGAAUCCUUCUGCCAGUCCAUCGAACUCAGUACCUCUAUCUCAAUCCAAUUCCCUAACAUUUUCCUCUAUGAAACCCAAUGCGUCACAAAAUGUGCUUCGCCUGAACUCUAAUUCACCUGCAAGUUUGCCUACAAUGCAACAGCCAACAACACAACAUCACGAGAACGAUCCAAACGAAUCACAGAGCUCUGUCCAACAGAUUCUACAGGAGUUGUUGAUGUCUUCACAGCUAAAUGGUGUCAGUUCGUUGAGGAAUGAUGUGAAGCCGAUCAAUGGGAUGGCGUCAAACAUGAAUGGGGCAAAUUGCUUGCUCGGAAAUGGGAUGCCCAAUCACUCAGCUAUCGGCGUUGGUGACUUUACAAGCAUGUGUGGGACUAGUCUGCCUGCUGUAGCAAGUGGGAUUCAAGCAACAAUGACAAAUAAUGCCAUGGCUAUGAAUGAAAGGGCUGGAGGAACGAAUCACCUCCAGCAGGAUCCAACAGCUAUGAACUGUCAACCGCAAGACAUUAAUAACCGACUACUGGACAGGUUUGGAGCUGUUAACAACUUCAAUAAUCUUCAAUUUGAUUGGAAGUCCCCGCCGUAGCAGGUGUCAGAACAUUCAACUCCAAUUCGAGUAGACGA